UCUUUCCCUUCCCCACCACCCCCCUCGUACUACAAGAGAUUAGAGUGUCUUUGUUCCUUCGUGACUCACGCCAACAUGAGCGAAGCUUCACUCUUAGCAUCCCAACUCUGGUCUCAAAUGCCUCGAGUAGGCGACACAAGGACGCGGCGGCGACGGCUGCGGCGGAGGAAGGUAAAGGGAGACGCGAAGAAGAGGCGGCUGAGUGACGAGCAAGUCAGGUUCCUGGAGAUGAGCUUUAGGGACGAAAGGAAGCUGGCGUCGGGGAGGAAAGCCCACAUCGCCGCCGAGCUCGGGCUCGACGGGAAGCAGGUGGCCGUCUGGUUUCAGAACCGGCGGGCGAGGCACAAGAACAAGCAGCUGGAGGAGGCCUACCUCAAGCUCAAGCUGGAACACGAAGCCGUCGUCGUCGAGAAAUGCCACCUCGAGAACGAGGUGUUACAACUGAAGGAGAAGCUUUUGGAAGCCGAAGAGGAGAUCAGGAAGCUCUCGUGGAGCGUGAAUGGAGGCAACCUCGGCUCGUCCUUCUCAGCCGUGAGCCAGCAGCCAAUACAUGGAGAGUUCGGAACGGAAGCAGAAGCUGAACUUGCUUACAUGGACGAGUAUGACUUGUACAACUACACGAUGGAGUGGACUAAUCCAUAUGGCAUAUAAAGAU